AUGGAUGGAACGGGUGCACGCGCGGCGGCGGCGGCGGCGGAUGAGACGCGCGCGGACGCGCGGGGAAAGGGAGAGAACGCGGAGUGUGCGGUCGGCUCGCUCGGGAAGAGUCCGCCGAUGGCGAGGAAUAUAUUCGCGGAUUUGCAGCGUAGACAGUGGUGCCGGGAACGACAGUCGCCGGAGCGUCGAGGGCACGCGCAGAGCGCGCACGCGGGGGCGACGGCGCUUCGGUGCGGGAAUAAGCGCUUCGUGGAGGAACUUCGGUUGACAGAGACGCUGGAGCGACACGGUGGAUGCGUGAACUGCGUGAGCUGGAAUGAUGAUGCUUCCUUGUUGAUCUCGGGGAGCGAUGACAUGACGGUGUGCGUUUGGAGCUGCGGGGCGAAGAUGCCUCUGAAGGGGUCGGCGUUCACGGGACACGUGCACAACAUAUUUGCCGCAAAAUUUGUGCCGCAGUCCGGCGAUGGGUCGUGUGUGACGACAUCCGCGGACGGAGACGUGCGUCUCACAGAUUUAGAGCGCGGGUUUCGAGGACCGCCUCCGCAGCACUACGGGUAUCGCUUGCGAGGGGCGAAUCAACCGGCGGCUGAGUGCAGUCGCUCGCUGUGGGCCGGAAGGGGAGCGGGCAUGGGGAUGGGAAUCACCUUUGUCCCGAACGAGCCGAACACGUUCCUAUGCGCGCAUCAGGACGGACGAAUCCGUUUGUUCGAUCUUCGACAAAGUCACGGCGGUCUCGGCGGGACAUCGCACGAGAUCAUCGCCGACCUGAGCUCGCACGGGCCAACGUCUGAAAUCGUCUUCGAUCCAACGUCGCCGACGACGUUUGCGACGUGUUCCGAUGACCCUUACGUGCGCAUCUUUGACCUGAGACACGUCAACAAUAAUCGAAGAGAGGCGGCAAGGGAGUUUCCCACGCCUCCGAGUCCUAGCACGUCCCCUACAGGGGAGCCGGCGUUCUCACGCUCGGCUCGUUUGUCGUUGAAACAUGACAUUCCGUGCGUCAUGUUGGUGACUCCGCUAGAGCUGAGCCGCGGCGUUCGCUUCGGCUCGCCGAUGGGAUUUGAAGGCAUCUCAGGGUUGGCGUAUUCAUCGAAGGGUGAGCUUGCGAUUAGCUGUAAGGGUGACGACGUGUACGUCCUGGACACUCGAAAGGCGGCGGCGAGCGCCAACUCUCACUUUCCGCGGGAGGACUUGGAGUCCCGUUCUUUCCCGUUGGCGACAUCGUAUUCUGUCCCAGUCGUCACCACGCCGGCAAAACGCUACGUCGGGCGCAAGAAUGUGAAGACGUUUUUGAAGGGCGUCGCGUUCAUGUGCGACGAUGAGUACGUCACCACUGGCGGCGACGACGGAAAUGUGUACGUCUGGCACAAGGACUCCGGUGAGCUCGUACGUAAGUUUCAAGCGGACAGCUCGGUCGUGAACACCGUCUUGCCGCAUCCGCAUUUACCCACAAUGGUUUGCUGUGGCAUAGAUAACCACGUCCGCGUCUUUGAAGCGGGUGAUGGUGGCGUUCAUCUGGGUACGCCCCCAAAGCGCGAUGACAACGAUGCCUGGUUCGAUGAAGAAGACGAGGAGGAAGACGACGAAGACGACCAAGAUGACGACUCGGAUGAGGAAGAAGAAGACUCAGAGGAAGAUACAGACGACGCAAUUCUCGCGCGUUGGGCGACGCGAGUUAUCGCUCAGUCUAACGAAGACCUUCCAGAUGACGAAGACGACGAAGACUUUGAGCCCAUGCAGGCUUGA